AGAAUUAUUACACAAGUGGCCGUUGUUGGAACUCAAAUUCUUGGACGAGCAUUUCUUGAAGCAUACAGAGCCGCAGCACAAAAUUCUGCAAAAAAUAUUGCAGGAGGAGCUGCUACGGCGGCAUCAGGUGAUGCAUUGACUCGGCAAACAGGAAUGACUCUCGAUGAAGCCAUGCUGAUCUUGAAUGUAAACAAGCAAUCAUCCAUGAAAGAAAUCACACAGAAAUAUGAACAUUUGUUCAAGGCAAAUGAUCCAAAACAUGGAGGUACAUUCUUUUUGCAUUCCAAAGUAUUCCGUGCCAAGGAGCGAUUGGAUUUAGAGUUAAAACGUGCUGCACAGGAAUUGGAGAAAGCUAAUACUGCAUCG